AUGAAGAGUAACAUGAGUGUGAAUCCUUCAUAUUUCCAGUUCUCUCUGUUUGCAGAUUAUGGGUCCCUCAGAUAUCUGUUCUUCAGUCUGUGUCUGCUGAUCUACAUGACUAUAAUCUCUGCUAACGUUGUGAUUGUUCUGGCAGUGUUCCUGGACAAGUCUCUGCAUCAGCCCAUGUAUAUUUUUAUCUGCUGUCUGUCUGUAAACUCUCUGUACGGCUCAGCCGCCUUCUUCCCCAGGUUUCUCAUGGACAUUGUGUCUGAUGAUCAUUUCAUUCCCAGAGCAGCUUGUUUCACUCAGGUUUAUGUUAUCAGCACUUCUGCAGCACAGGACUUAGCUCUCCUCACCAUCAUGGCCUAUGACAGAUUUGUUGCUAUUUGUCAGCCUUUACACUAUCACAGUAAAAUGACAGCUAAGACGGUGCUCUGUCUAAUCAUUAUUUCUGUUCUCUACCCUGCGAUUGUGAUUGGCAUGUUUCUUUAUCACCUUGGCUCCGCUCCUUUCUGUGAAAAUAAGCUGCAAAAGAUCUUUUGCUCCAACUGGUCUCUGGUUCAGCUCUUAUGUGAGGACACGACCGUGAACAAUAUAACUGGACAGACUCUCACUGCUGCAAUCAUCGCCCUCUCCCUGUCCUUCGUCCUCUACACCUACCUGCGCAUUCUGCUGGUCUGCAGCAGAAGCUCAUCUGAAAUCAGAGGAAAGGCCUUACAGACCUGCCUGCCUCACAUAGUCUCAUUACUGAACUAUUGCAUCUCAUUUUACUGUGAGUUUGCACUGACUCGACUCAGGUUAGACAAGAAGAAUACAUUAGUAGUAAUUGUUUUAUCUCUGGAAUAUCUGAUCAUUCCUCCCAUCAAUAACCCUCUAGUUUAUGGUCUGAGUCUGCCCCAGAUCAGAGGAGUGAUCUUUAGACGUUUUAAAGUUUAA